AGCGCCGCUGCGAGCGUCCUUCACUGAGCUCAGUGCGACAGUAUCCAAACCAGAGGUGAGAGAGUAUUCUCUGCCUCGGAUCCAAACACUUUUCUAAAGUGUUGUGUGUGUAGAACAGUAGCAGCGCUGCGCGGUGUUUUGGGGUUUAUAGAGUGAAGCGCUGUGGGAGGUUUCAGCGUUUCCUUCAGUGACCGGCAGCUGCGUUCAUACAGGUACCGGCAGGCUGCCCUCGGUUUGGUUCUUACGGGGUUUAAAGUAGCAGUCUGGACUAAACCUAGCUUAACUGUGAUGACGGCUCCAAACUCGGCAGAAAGGAAGGCCUGCUGGGACGCCAGGGACCAUCUGUGGAAGUGUUUGGAUGAUAAUGAUGACAGUGUUGCAUCCUGCCAGAGGUUCCGGACCGAGUUUGAGGCUAAAUGCCCCGCCCAGUGGGUGAAAUAUUUCACCAAAAGGAGAGACUUCCUGAAAUACAAGGACAAGAUGCAGACAGAGGGAUUCACACCUGCUCAAGGACCCCAAGGGGCAUCCUAAUCACUGCCCAACUAGAAAUCAUCAAGAGCUGCAGUCUGACCUGGGUGCUGAGGUGCAGGACUUUGUGGAAGCUUGCAGCUUUGUGGACAGAGAACCUGGAGAUCACCUUUUUAAUAUUUAUUUUUGAAGAUAAAAGCUGCUUUUUGAAAUCCAAGUGACAGCACAAUGAACCUGUUUGAAAAUCUAUGCAUCUUCCAUUUCCAAAAACAUACUAAGGAGCCAGAGUUAAGGAGUCCAGUUGGAUUUCACCUCAAAACAACAUAAUUUAGUGUUAUGUCCUGCGGGAAUUCACACUCAUCCCAUUAUGUGUUGCUUAUCCUGACACUGUCCAAUAUUCACGUUUCUGUGGUUGUGUUUAAGGAAAACAUCUUUUUCACCAUUUCUGUGAGUAGAACAGACAAUCUUGUUCUACUUCUGUGUGGUGUGUUGAUUAAAAUAAUCUUUGUCAUUUGCAAAUAAGAGCUGAUCUGAGUGUGGAUACUUACCCUUUACUCCCAGAAGAGUUCCACAUUUUGCAAAACUUUAGAAGUAUGAAUGACUCGUGGUGUUUGCAAAUAAAUCAAAACAACAGGGUG